GUGUUGCGGCGACCAGCUGUGUCUUUCUCCCGCGACCAGAGUGCGGCGCUCGUGUCGGAGAGGACGAGCGAUUUCCCAGGAAGGCGGCACAGGACGUGACCGUGGCUCAGAUUGUCUUUGAACUGAAAAAAGUUGAUCAUACUCCAACUUCGAUGCGAAGGAUUCAAUUUUGGUCGAACCAAUGCAAACAUUUCAGUAUCCAGCUGUGAAAGUGUUUGACGCCCUUGAAAUUUCAUUUUAAAUUGAAAUAUUUCACCCAGGCUUUUUCUGUUUAUAACAGCAGAUUGCAUACUCUAUUUUCCCCGUACGUCAAACUGUCUUAAUCGUGGCUUUGUUUACAAAACAGUGCAGUAGCUUUCCGCAUCGGUUCCGCAAAACUUUUGGAAUAUUUAGCUAUUUUCGCUGCUUUUCUGGCGCUUUGUGAGCUGAAACACCUUCCAAGAUGAUGAACCAAAUGGGUAUGAUGAUGCAGCAACAGGGUGUCGGUGUUCCCGGCGGUCCAGGCGGUGUCGGUGGUGUUGGUAUGCCCGGACCCGGAGGAGUCGGUGUCCCGUCCGGGAUGAUGCAGUCUCCGCAAAUGCAGCAAGCCCAACAACAGCAACAGGUCCAGCAGCAGCAGCAACAACAGCAAGUCCAGCAACAGCAGGUUCAGCAGCAACAGCAACAGCAGCAACAACAGCAACAGCAGCAGCAACAGCAACAGCAGCACAGCCAAUCCGCUCAGCAACAAGCACAACAAACGGAGAAGGUGGACAACAUUUCGAAGGUAAAGGUGUUGGUCGGUCCGUUGCGUGAUGCCCUGUCGACUACGAUCAAAACUGCUGCCCAACUCAUUCAGCAGAACACACUGGCGGAUGCUGGAUCCAAAACAGUGGAUCUGAACAAUGCGCCCCGAUUCGACAAGCAUUUGGAAGAGUUUUACUCGAUCUGUGAUCAAAUAGAGCUGAAUCUGAAAACGGCAAAGCUUUGUAUGCAGCAGUGUACCUCCUCGCAGCAAUAUCUCCCGAUUCCGGUUGCCACGAGUCAGCCACCGCUAGCGGAAACAAACGCGCUCACCUACAACCAAUACCUCGAGGUGGUGAAGCUGCAGAUCGGUUACGCCAAAGACAUCCACGACACGCUAAUAUGUGCCGCUCAAAACAUUUCUCCAAGCGAAUGAUAGACCAAUACUAUAAGGAGAGUAAUCUACAGUUUAUUUGUUCUUUAUGGCAUACACUCACACACGCAUACACAGAUAAAUGGGCUUGAAGAGUGAGUGAGUGGUGGCGGCGGCGGCGACGACGGAAGUGGCCUCACACGAUUCCAGUCUGAUUUCCGACUUCUUUUCGGUUUGCGUCUUAACGACUGUCUAAGAAAUAAAAUUAAGUCUUAUAAAGCUAA